GCUAACUUGUCUUUAUCUAUGAUUGGGAGUUAAUAAUUGACGGCAACGCUGCUUGCUGCAAUCGUUAACCUUACUUUUGUCUUAUUCUGUUGAUGACGGUUGACCAAACGUCCAUUCGAAUCGGCCAAUGUUGAGGUGGCGUUGAUGGCGUUUGCUGUCAUGAGCCGAAAUAGCUCAGUUGGGAGAGCGUUAGACUGAAGAUCUAAAGGUCCCUGGUUCGAUCCCUGGUUUCGGCAUACUUUUUUCCUGCCCAUUUUAACGCCUCUGCCGUAUCUUAUCGCUUGUUUGCCUUCUGAUCCUCCCGAACAAUUGAAAUGGAACAAAAUUAAGAUUCAUCAGCUUUAUCAGUCCAAGUCAUUGUUUUUGCUUGGGCACGCAUUCGCUCUGUGACCGUCAGCAUGGCGACAUUUUGGGUUAUUUGCCUGGUUCCUUUGGUUCUGCUGGUGGCCAAGCUGUUCGAUCGGGCGCCGCCCAAGAUUUUCGGCGUCUACAGCCGCCCGGGCGGCCUCUUCUGGCCCAAGGCCGUGUGGAUGUUGGGGCUGCUGUGGCUCAAGAGGCUGGCCGGGAGGCUGCGCCCCCAGGCGCCCGACUACUACACGGCGUUGGAACGCCCCCAGCCACUCCCCGACACUGCGCUGGCAGUGGACGCGGUCUAUUUCAACGCCACCAAUCGCGAGGGCGACUGUUUGUUCGUAGGCACGGCGCGCCGCCCCUUGCGACUAGUGGACACCUUCCUCUACCUCAAGGUGGGGGAGUUGGGGCUGCUGCAGCUGCCCCUCCUGCCCGACUCCGCCCACUUCAACACGGGGGAGGAGCUGAGCUAUCAGGCGGGCGGCGUGCACAUCAAGUGCCUGGAGCCGAUGAAGGUCUGGACUGUGGAGUACCAGGGGGAGCUGCGCGAAGCCGACGACCCCGCCCGACUGCAUGACGUCACCAUUAAGGGCGUGUUCACCUCGGGGGAGCCUUGCUUCAACUCGUCGACCGACCUGGACGUUUGGAGCAUGGCCAAGGCGCUGGCGCUCGAGCCCUGGAGCCGCGCCUUCUUCAAAAACGUCAAAGCGGCGCACCAGCUGCACUACGAGCAGUUCGGCGUGUUGGAGGCCGACGUCCAAGUGGGCGGGGCCGCCUUCAAGCUGCGCCUGGACACGGUGCGCGACCACUC